AUGAGCCACUCUUCAUCCUCAAAUUCAUCAGUCACCGGCUUCCUUAACUUCCUCGGCCGAGAGCUCGAUAGUCUCGACCGUCUCUUUCUCUCUCAGAACUUCAUGUCGUUCGAUUUUCUUUCCCACGCCGUCUCGACCCUCCGCUCCUUCCACUCAAAGCUCGUCGUCUUGGUCCAAAAACUAAAGCUACGGGUCGGAGAAAAAUGGCUCGACGAGUACAUGGACGAGACCUCCCGCCUUUGGGACGCUUGCCAAGUCAUCAAGUCGGGUGUUUCGAACAUGGAGAGCUACUACUCGACCGGCUCCGGCUUAGCCGCCUUCCUCGACGACCAUCGUGUCCUCAACUCCCGAAUUUUUCGACAGGUGACUCGGGCGAUAAACCGAUGCCAACGGGAGUUGAUCCCGUUGCAACAAGAGAACAAGAGCAUAGCCGAAACAAAAGUCGAGUCCCUGACUCUCGGAAUCUACCGGGAAACGAAGCUCCAUAGAUACAACGGGUUCCAAGGGGCACUACACGCGAUGACGAGCGUCGACACAUUGCUCCUCGUGAUAUUGGUAAGCGGGCUCGUCUACUUUUUACCCGAGACGAGCUUAUUUGCCCUAGAAAAUGGGCAACACGAAGAAAUUUUGAGCUCGUUCAAUGGCUCGAAUUUCGUGGCCUCGAGCGCGAACUUGAGAAGGAGGAUGGCGGACGCGGUUGGUUACCUCGGGAUGGAGCCAGGGGUGGUUCUUUUCGAGCUCCGGGCAGCACAAUUCGCGUUGGACGAGCUGAAAAUGGCUAUCGAGGGUAUAGAUGUCGGGUACGAGAAGGAGAUUGAUAUCGAUAUAGACGAAAGAGUCGAGAACUUGAGGAGUUGUUUCGGGGUUUUGCAGUGUGGGGUCGAGGGGAUAAUCGGGCAGCUCGAUGACUUCUUCGACGAGAUAGUCGAGGGUAGAAGGAAGCUUUCGGACAUGUGUUCUCAUGGGUAG